GAGAGCAAAAGCUGGUAUUCCGCGCGUGGUAUACCUUUCCGCCGAGGCUAUCUCCUUUACGGUGCGCCUGGAUCAGGAAAGACCAGCAUUAUACACAGCUUAGCUGGCGAACUUGGCCUUGACGUCUACGUCAUCUCCCUAUCUCGAUCUGGAUUGGACGAUACGGCUCUCAGCGAGUUGAUCUCCGAUUUGCCUGAAAAAUGUAUCGCUCUCAUGGAAGACAUUGAUGCGGCAUUCAGCCAAACAAUGAAUCGUGAUGCCGCGGAAGAUGAUGGUCAAAACAAACCUGAUCAACCUCCUCGACCCAAGCAAACUACUUCCAGUCUUAGCGGGUUGCUCAACGCACUCGAUGGCGUCGGUGCGCAGGAAGGCCGUAUUCUUUUCGCAACCACAAACAAAUACGCUUCCCUCGACUCUGCCCUCUGCCGUCCUGGACGAAUGGAUAUCCACAUCGAGUUCAAGCUGGCCAGCAAGUAUCAAGCCGAGGAGCUUUACCGAUGCUUCUAUCUUCCCGAUCUGGAACAAGAGGUCGAUGGAAAAAUCGUUUCGAAACUAGCUGCCCGCUUUGCGGAAGCUAUGCCCGAACGCGAGUUUUCGAUGGCUUCACUUCAAGGGUACCUGAUGGCCUACAAGGUUCGCCCAUAUGAAGCGGUAUCGGAAGCACCGGCUUGGGUGGAGAAGGAGCGUGCGGAGAUUGCUCUGAAGAAAGCGCAGUCAGCGAAGGACUUGGCAAAGGGCGCAACGAAGGACACCGCGAAGAACACCGAGGAACAGGACACUUGA